UUCCGGUUCCGGGUCGCGGGGUCAGCCUGGGAGGAGAUGCGGCUGUCGGGGUCGCUGGGCAUUUCCCACGGGCGGGUGUUCCGCCGCCUGGGCCUGGGGCCCGAGUCCCGCAUCAACCUGCUGCGGAACCUGCUCACCGGCCUGGUGCGGCACGAGCGCAUCGAGACCACGUGGGCGCGCGCCGACGAGCUACGGGGCUACGCCGAGCGGAUCAUCGACUACGGGAAGCUUGGAGACACCAACGAGAAGGCCAUGCGCAUGGCCGACUUCUGGCUGACGGAGAAGGACCUGAUCCCGAAGCUGUUCCAGACCCUAGCACCCCGCUUCCGGGACCGGCAGGGAAGCUACACGCUCCUCCAGCGCAUCCCGAACCGCAGCAACCUGGACCGCGCCAAGAUGGCCGUGAUCGAGUACCGCGGAAACCCUCUGCCCCCGCUGCCGCUGCCCCGCAAGGAUGGGAACGGCACCCUCCUGAACCAGCUGCUCUGGGGAUACCGCCGGGAUCUGGCCGGUGCGGGAUCCAGCCCCGUGGGACCCCCGGGACCCUAGAUACCGGGCCCCGAUCCCGACUCCUACUCCAGCACCACGGGCAGAUUGGGGGUCCUGGACCACCACCGCCUAGCGAUUGUGCCCGGCCCGGCCCCGGGACUUCUAGUCGUCUGCCCCGAUAGCCGCACGAGAUGCUUUAAAGCACAGAGCCCGCCCGUAUGGCCUGCUUCUGUAGCGUGGUGGGAAGCAACAGGGACGGGAUGUGAAAGACCCGUGACCCCCCUCCCCAAUAAAAACUCGUUGAUGGUGAAA